AUGUCGGAUACAACAACAGUACAACCGAUAGUACUGAUUACAGGAGCUAACAGAGGCUUAGGACUGGUGGAGGAUGCGAAGAAUGCGGUGAAGGAUCUAACAGAGAAGUAUGGUAUCGAUCAUAUUGAUGUAGUCAUAGCGAAUUCAGCUGUUGGUACUCAGUCUGUGCCUAUCCUCGACAUCACCCCAGAAGAAUUCACCGAGCAUUUCAAUGUAAAUACUCGCGGGGUGUUACUGCUGUAUCAAGCUACCCGAGAGCUCCUGCUCAAGGGAGACCAGAAGAAUUUCGUCAUUAUGUCAUCUAUUUUAGCUACGUUAUCCAGACCUUGGCAUAAAGUUGGUAUGAUCACCUAUGGAACGAGUAAAGUAGCUUUGAAUUACCUGGCAAGAGGAAUCCACUUCGAAGAUGAGAGCUUGAUCACAUUCACAUUUGAUCCGGGUCAUAUAAAUACUAGAUUAGGUCAAAAGGCGUCCGAGUUCUUGGGAUAUCCUCCACCCCAUUCUGUUGAGGACACAGCUCCGAAGAUCGUACGUUUUAUAGAAGAUGCAAGUAGGGCAGAGACUUCUGGAGGGUUAUGGCGAGUGUGA